UUCUGAUUCGUUGAGCGCCGGAAAGUGGGACCCACAAACACACAUUAACGGUGUCUCUCCGGUUGUAGGAUUCAGACACAAUAGAAAAACAAGAUAGCUACACAGUGACGGACCGAAACAGAGCACAUUAAAUGGGCACAACAAUCCAGAUUCACUACGAGGUAGUAAGUAACUAGUAUGUCCGUUCAAAAUGCCCGGUGGCGAUAUGACACGUGUGCUCGGCAUGCUCUACUCUCUGUAUCCGCAUGUCCAGACUCUGGAGGAGUUCGGGGACGGGACUGUCUUCAGAGAGGGACAGAGAGCGGUGCUCAUCGAACCGACAGAUACAAACCGCUUCAUAUCGUUUGUCCGAGGAGUGUUUGUCUGUACGGAUAAAACCCUACAGACCGUCCCCAGCUGCAAUCAGAUCAGCACUGUGCCUGAGCUGUUGGCGUUCGUGUUGAACAACAUCAAGAGGAAGAAGAAAAGGAAUGUCUUGGCUCACGGUUACGGUUACCCCUCCGCGUUCCAGGACCGCGACGCCGACCAGUUUAAGUUCCACGGCGAGGUCACUCAGAGUGCCGCGUACGUCCACGGUAGCGACCUAUGGAAGAGGAUCUGCCAGCGCCUCGGCACGGACGUCACCAAGUACCUCCUGGAGAGCUGUUCUGUGUUCGUCACGGUGCCACCGUCGUCCGCGUUCCAGGUGUGCGGCGUGCCUGUGUACGACCGCGUUUCCACGUCAACGGGCAUAUCAAGGUUCGACCUGGGAUACAAACUGAAUGCUACUACUGGGAACGCCAGGAGUAGCAAGGAGGGGGGAAAUAGGGGAUGGGAAUUUCAGGGUUCUGAUAUGAGAAAAAGGAGGAGAAGGGAUGGAGGUGGAGCCACUGGGAAAAGGAAGAAGGGAGAAGAGGUGAGUUUGGGUGGGAAGAGGAAGAGAGAUGAGGAGAAGGAGGAAGGAGAGGGGUGUUUGCCUGGAAAAAGGAAAUGCACUCAAAGGGAAGCUUCGACAGUCUCCAGUGGGACUAGCGAUUGUAAGCUCAGAACACUGGAAACAAAUGGGGUCAAGCGACCAGUGGAGGUUAUUUCUCUCACGAAGGGACCCACACAGAGCCUACAGGUGUCAGUAGAAAUGGAACAACUCAGGAAGCCAUUGGAGCAAAUGGCUGGAGGUGAAAGACCAGUGGAGGCUGUGAUGCUCAUCAUAGAACCCACAGAGAGCUCUAUGCAGGUCCCCGCUGGUCAUGGUGAGCAGAUAUCAAUGAAAACAGGAUGUAGAAGGCCAGCGGAAACACCGGCUGUAGUCCAAAGACCAGUAGAAGAAAAGUCUGGAGCCAAAAUACCCGUCGAGGCACCCGUAUCAGCCACCGUCCAUAUAGAGGGGGGUCCUAGUUGGAGAUCAGGGUUGUUCCCACCACUCCCCCCCUCCCAGUGCUUCAUCCGCACCCUGGGCAUGCUCUACGGGGGGCGGGGCAUGCGCAGCUUCCUGCUAAACAGGAAGAGGAAAGGUGGGGAUGAGGGGCCCAGGCGUCUGCAGGGGCGGGACUUAGUGAGACUGGUGUUCUUUGAAGGCGUGGCCUAUCUGAACGGAACAGAGAGGAAGACUAAGAGACUUCCCAGAAGGUUUUUCAACAUGGUGCCCUGGUUUAGUCAGCUGUUAUGUCAACACAGGAGUUGUCCCUAUUCUAAGAUACUGCAGAGGGUUUGUCCACGGGUGGGAGAUGGAGAGGGGGAUAGCGCCGCGCUCCUGUCCCAGCACACUGCACUUCACCGGGUGUACCUCUUUGUCAGAGAGUGCCUCUCCAUGGUGGUCCCCCUGGAGCUCUGGGGGUCGGACCACAACCGAUUAAACUUCCUGUCCCGAGUCAGGAACUUCCUGUCCAUGGGCAAGUUUGAGAGGAUCUCAUUGGCUGAGCUGAUGUGGAAGAUGAAGGUGAACGACUGUGAUUGGCUGAAGAUCAGCAAGACCGGCCGCUGCCCGCCCAGUGAGCUGUCGUAUCGGACGCGGCUGCUUGGCCAGCUCCUGGCUUGGCUGCUGGAUGGCUACGUGUUAGGUCUGGUGAGAGCCAUGUUCUACGUCACAGAAAGCAUGGGACAGAAGAACGCACUGCGCUUCUACAGAUACCAGGUCUGGGCCAAGCUGCAGGAGUUGGCUUUCAGGGGUCACCUCUCUAAAGGACAGAUGUCAGAGUUGACCCUGGCCCAGGUGAUGUCGCUCCCCAAAACCACCGUCACCUCUCGCCUCCGCUUCAUCCCGAAGACCGACGGCAUGAGACCCAUCACACGGGUCAUAGGGGCUGACGCCAAAACAAGGCUGUUCCAGGCCCGUGUGAGGGACCUGUUGGACGUGCUGCGUGUGUGUGUUCGCUCCUCUCCCUCUCUCCUGGGCUCCACGGUGUGGGGGAUGACCGACAUCCACAGAGUCCUCUCCUCCAUCACCCCUGCUCAGAAAGACAAACCACGGCCGCUCUACUUUGUCAAGGUGGAUGUGAGUGGGGCCUAUGACAGUCUACCCCACACUCAGCUCUUGGAGGUGAUUGGUCAGGUCCUGUCACAUGUCCAGGAAGAGCUCUUCUCAGUGCGCCGCUACGCCAAGGUGUGGGCCGACAACCACGAGGGCCUCAAGAAGACCUUUGUCAGACAGGCAGACUUCAUGGAAGACACUCUGGCGUCCACCAACAUGAAAGGCUUUGUGAUGUCACUGCAGAGAGAGGGCAAAGUUCACGAUGCCAUACUGGUGGAGCAGCAUUUCUCGACAGAUGUUCAUGGCAAAGUCGUCUUAGAGUUCUUCACCCAGAUGCUCUCCAGCAGUGUUGUCCAGUUUGGGAAGAAAACGUUCCGGCAGUGUCAGGGGAUCCCUCAGGGUUCUGUGGUGUCGUCUCUGUUGUGUUGCCUCUGUUACGGUCACAUGGAGAACCUGCUGUUCCCUGACGUCGCUCAGAGAGGAGGGUGUCUGAUGAGACUGGUGGAUGAUUUCCUCCUCAUCACUCCUGACCUGAACCAGGCACAGAACUUCCUCAAGACCCUGAUGGCGGGGGUUCCCCAGUACGGGUGUGUGGUGAACCCCCAGAAGGUGGCCGUUAACUUCCCUGUGGGUGAGGGGGGGUCCUGCCCUGCUGGGGUACGCCUGCUACCCUUUCACUGCCUGUUCCCCUGGUGUGGUUUACUGUUGGACACACACACUCUGGACGUCUACAAUGACUACACCAGCUACGCUGGCCUAUCCCUGCGCUACAGCCUGACGCUAGGCUCCGCCCACUGUGCAGGGCAGCAAAUGAAGAGGAAGCUCAUGUCUAUCCUUAGACUCAAGUGCCAUGCCCUCUUCCUGGACCUGAAAACCAACUCCCUGAAGGCUGUCUAUAAAAACAUCUAUAAGCUAGUGUUGCUGCACGCAUUCAGCACCCACACACAGCAGAUGAAUAUACACGGUGCUUUCUGUGGUUGUGGCGUUAGGUUCCAUGCCUGUGCCCAGAGUUUGCCCUUUGGUCAGAAGGUGGGCAGAAACCCAGCUUACUUCCUCAAUCUGAUCUGGGACAUGGCAGAGUACACCAACCAGCUGGUCAGACUCUGCAACAAAGGUCUGUCUCUAGGUUGUACGGCUCUGACAGGAAUCCUACAGUAUGAAGCAGUAGAACUGAUCUACUCUCUGACCUUCCUGUUGGUUCUGUCCCGUCAUCGUCCCCUCUACAAGGACCUCCUCCCUCCACUACACACACGUAAGAGGAAGCUGGAGAGGAAGCUGGGGGGUUUGAGACUGGCACGAAUCAGACAAGCUGCCACACCCAAAAUACCUGAGGACUUCAAGGCCAUCUGGGCCUAGAGGAGAAUUUCCACCACUGACCUCUCGCCCUCUGACCUCUCGGUCCUCGUCCCCAUAACCCCGUCAGUGCAUCAAGGGGCCUGCAUAGCACAGCAGGUAGGAGUCUUGUAGAGGCGGAAUACUGUGUGGACAAUUGGAAUUUGUUUCCGGUGUCAAUAUUCUGGUUUGGCUGUAUACUAGCUCAUGUUUGAUUCCAUUGUACUUUAAAGCGGACUGUGAUGGUAGCAACAUGAGCGAUAAGGAUGAAUCAUAAAAGGCUCUCUUUUUAUUUUUUAAAUGCCAUGUAAAAAAUUCAAUAAAGAUUUUAUGUAAGGUGAA